AUGUCUAUCGAGGAUGAUGAUCAUCUCAAACAGGAAGAAAGUAUUUCGACUGGCGUAUGGCUUACUGUAGUAAAAAUUGUCGUGAUGUUGAUGGAAACGAAUUCAAUUGACUGUGGACAAGUUGAAUGGCAUCAGUGUGGUAGAGUUGGUGAAGAAGACUUAGUAAUUGAUAUUGUUGACGAUGACCGGAUCUUCGUGUUGGCAGGAUUAACUUGGGCAAUAAGAGACACAGCUGGAGAAAUGUUCUUGUCGAUAUCAAUAUUGUCCAACCAGGUCUGGUUUGAUGGUCGUGAUGAUGAUCUCUGUAUCGGUGGUUAUGAUCUUCAUGGAUGA